AAAAAAGAACACAAAUAGACGCAAUAAUCCGAUCGUUGCAUUUAUCCCCGUUGACCUUAUGUUUUAUAGUUUUAGGUCAUUAUAUUGAGUUGGUUAUACGGGCAGGAGCUAAAAUGGACGACAUGACUGAUUUCGAGGAGCUGAUAGACCUAAACAUAUAUUUUCUUAAUGCUUCACAAAAAAGCACACAAGAACCUUUAAAUGAAGUCCUAGACAAAAUGUGUGAAGCUCUGGACGAAAGUAAUUUAGCAAUGGACAAUAAUAUAUUUAGUAAUGGAAUAAGUAACAAUCCGAAAGAUCCACACGAAAACGUGACUGAUGUAAACGAACGCGAAAGUAUUUCAGUACCUGGAUGCCUAGACAAUGAUAGUGUAGAUAUAGAAAAUAAGGAUAAAAUAAAUUAUUCUAGUAUUAUUAACACCUAUGACCAAAAAAAUGAUAAUGGGACUAACGAAAGACUUACAAAUGGCGUUAUAGAAGAAUUUGAAAGUAUUUUAGCAGCUAAAUGCUUGGAAAGCGAUUACGAGAACAAUAAAACAAAUGAAAUUAUCACAAAUAAUGAAAACGAGAUUGACGAAAUAGUUGCAAAAGAAGACGUAAUCGAUUUGGAUGAAUUUGAAGACAUUUUAGCAUAUAAUUACUUUGGUAAUUAUUGUAUAGAUGAAAAUGAAACAAACGACAUUGGUGAUACAAAUCCGCGUGAAGAUAAAAACAAGUUUGGACAAAUAGUUUCAAAUGAUGAUUUAGAUGAACUUAAAGUAAUUUUAGCAACUGAAUACUUAGAAAACAGUAAUUUAGAAGACGAAGUAGAUAAAAUUGGCAAUAACAAUAUGACAAACGAUGAAGUAAUUGAUUUAGACGUAUUUACCAGUCAAAAUCUAUAUCCCGUUAAAGAUUGCACUGGAGCUGAAAUGUGUAACAGUAACACUACUCAACAGAAAUAUGAGAUUAAUAUUGUACCAUAUGAAGUCCCAGUAGAGUUAGACGUCGAAUCUAACGUCAAAUUAGAAUGUGCAGAAAUAUGUCAAGAAAAAUAUAUAAAUUCUGAUUGUGACGAUGGUUACGAUUCGUCAGAUUUCGAAUUUAUAACAGAAAAUGAAGCGUCAAAAGCGGGAUUAAUCACCAAAUUGAAUAAAAUUACUAUCGACGAAAAUAAAUAUAUACAAAAUAGCGCAGUAAAGUUAGGUAUAAGCAUUUCAAAAAUACCCAACGAUAACAUUGGUAUAUCAAAUUCUCUCAUAAAUGAGGCAAGUCCAUUAGAUUACGUAAAAUAUAGCAAAUAUCGAUACCAACGUUGCUACGCGCAGCACAGUUCUGAACAGCACGUCAUACCCGAAGGUGAGCGGUAUUUGGACAUGUUCAGGGGUCAAUAUGCCCCCUUAGUACUAAAUAAUCUGUAUAGUAUGGGGAAUAAGAAAUGUGUGCCUUCUGGACUUAUGACUGCUAGGACUGAAGACCCAGGUGCAGACCUGUUGUAUCGCGACCCGGAAAACGAUGAAAAUUAUAAAAAAUAUAAGGGCGACGCCGAUGAAUGCCUCAAAAAGAUCCUUGCCACCUAUCCCGAACUGAACAAAAGGAAGAAACGUAGACUUACUUUGAAACGGUGUUGUAAUUUGUAUUAAAUAUAAUUUUAUUGCGUGAA